AUUUUUUUUCCAAAGUUAACCUUAAAAUUGUGACAAUUUAAAACUAAAUAAUAUAAAACGUCAUCGUUUUUGCAUAAACAAAUACUAAUUAUUGUUGUAAACAAUUAUGGAAUCAAGGAUAGAAACGUCGGAAUUGCAACAGUUGGUGGGAAGCGACGUGGACGGGGAAAACGAUGACAGUACAGCUCAGGAUGAGAACAUCAAUGAAGUAAAAGUUAUAUCUCCCGUUCGAAGCCACAAAAUGUCGUCAAGCGAAAAUACUAGCCAUAGUUCAGUCACCAAAAUGGGAGCUCGAUACAACCUCAAUGUCCACCCAACCAACUCGAAGGUAUCAUUUGUAAACGAAAAACGCAUAAACCGAGACACUACCAAAACUGCCACAGCCAGACCUAGAAAUGUGCAUAAAGACAAUAAUACAAAUGCCCGACAUCAUUGUUUUAUCUCUGAAGUGCCUGACGUGAGACACAUGGAAAAGGCUCUGUUGGGUCUUCUGGCGGAUUUUCAUUCUGGUAAACUUCGAGCGUUCGGUAGUGGAUGCACCAUGGAACAAAUGACCAACAUUAGACAACAACAAGAAAAACUAGCCAAACUUCACUUCGAUUUAGGGGCCGCCACUGUGCCAUCACUUGAUGAUGAAAAUCUUCUUCGCUCGCAAAACACCAUGAGUCAGCUGAUCCAACGACUAGAGCAAUUAAGUGUUUCGAUAGAAGCGCUACACAGCAAUACCAACAAAUAGUUGUUAUCAAAGGGCUUGCUGUUUUUCACGUCUUUUUUAUCAAGUGAAAUAUAUAGACAAAUAAAUUAAUUAUAAAACGGAAAUGAAAUUCUUAAAUAUUUAUGUUCGUACAUUAUCGAAAUUUUGUUUUUUAUACCAAGUAAUUUUAUAACAAUAUUAUUUUGUUGUAUGUAUGUUAUUCUUAUUGCGUUAAUAAAUAUCGAUGAACGAAUUUGUUUAUGAAACAAGUAAA